GCUUGCGUGACGUCAGAGGAGGCUGCUGGAGCGGUUCCUUGUUGGAGCUGAAAAUGGGGAGACGAUUGCGAGGGCCUGAGCGAGCGGAGCUCUGAAAGAUGAAGUGAACACACCGAUCGAUUGUUGCCGCAAUGUGUGGUCAUGUGACUGAGCCGGGCUCCCCCACUGCACAUGGGAUCUCCCUUCUUAAUGGCCUUCCUUAGCUGUCCUGUUUUCACCAUGAGAGGAUCUGUCAGAAGCUUGAUUUCUGUGACCUCAUACUGGCGCUGCCGUUGUGCUGUGUGAGCGCCCCCCCUCCUCCUCCGGCAGUUACUGCACGGAAUGGCCUCUCUGGACCUGCCAUAUCGCUGUCCUCGCUGCGGGGAGCACAAGCGCUUCCGAAGCCUGUCGUCCUUACGUGCCCACCUGGAGUACAACCACACGUACGAGACCCUCUACGUCCUCUCCAAGUCCAACAGUGUGUGCGACGCCGCCGCGUUGCUGCCCCUAGUGGCUGAGGGAGCUCUCCUCACACCUGCCAACAACAACGACCCCUUUGAGCCGCUGCGGCCUUCGGCUUUAAAGGAACGCCGCUUCCCUUGCCGUGAACUUCCUUGUGCGGACGACCUGAGUUUGACCCCGGCUAACUCUAGCACGUCAGCUCGGUAUAUCCCCAAUGUGGAGUUUCCCCUUGGGGAGAUUUUUAUGAAGAAAGCCAUGACAUCUGCAGACCCGAGUACCCAUGGAAACCCCAGCACGGCUGUCGCUGUGGCUGCUAAUGUAGCAGCGAGCGCAGUGGAGGCGGCCUAUGAGGAAGGCCUGGCCAGGCUGAAGGCGCGUGCGUUUGAGCGUCUGGAGCUGGAUGAGAGGCUGGAGAAGUUGUCUGAAGAGGUGGAGCAGAAAAUAGCAGCGCGUGUGGGCCGUCUUCAGGCAGAGCUGGAGAGGAAGAGCUCCGAGCUGGAGCGGGCCAAGCAGGAGAGCGAGCGGCUGAGCCAGGAGAAGCAGGACCUGGAGGACAAGGCCUCUGAGCUCUCCAGACAGGUGGACGUCUCUGUGGAAAUGCUCGCUAACCUCAAGCAGGAUCUGGUGAACAAGGAGGCAGAGCUCAACCACAAACAGCAGGAGGUCGCGCAGAUUGACCAGUUCCUUCAGGAGACAGCGGCGCGGGAAGCCAACGCCAAAGUGCGUCUGCAGCAGUUCAUCGAGGAGCUGCUGGACCGCGCCGACCGCGCCGAGAAACAACUGCAGAUCAUCAGCAGCUGUGGCACCACACCCAACGGCAGCCUGGGACACUGCAGCCUCCAGGCCUCAAAGGGAAAUGGACGCCAGAGAAACUCCAGCCUCUCUGGAAGCACAAGAGGAAUAUACCAGGUGUCGGACCGACGCUCCUCCCCCAGCACGGGAGCUUCAGGGAGGAUGAAGUCUGUCUCACAGGGAUCCGGCGGUUAUGACAGUGACAGCGUGGAGAUGCACCCCAUGGACGACUGUCCCGAGGCUCAGUACUAUCACAUGCAGUGUCGGCCAGGUGAGGGCGGUUACUCCCCCGGUUGUGGCGGCUCCAGAAACUGGGGCCUCCGCAAACAGGCCAUCCAGAACUGGCAGCGGCGGCCGUACAGGAACAGCACCGAAGGCGAUGAGGGAGACGUGUCGGACGUGGGCUCCAGGACGACGGAGUCCGAGGUGGAGAUGUGGGAACAAGAGAGAAGAGCUGUCGCUGAAGUCCAGCAGUCUGCUGCUCCCUAUCCUCACCACGGCAGGGCAGGAUAUCGCCAUAACGUAGGACGUUCAGAAGUGGUCUACAGCAAGCCAUGUCGUCAUGAGAAAAGCCCGUCCAAAUCCAAUGAGGUGAUCAGUCCGGAGAUCCUGAAGAUGCGUGCAGCUCUCUUCUGCAUCUUCACCUACUUGGACACAAAAACCCUGCUGAGAGCUGCCGAGGUCUGCAGGGACUGGAAGUUUGUGGCUCGUCACCCGGCCGUGUGGACCAGAGUGCUCCUGGAGAACGCUCGCAUUUCUUCCAAGUUCCUGAGCACACUGUCACAGUGGUGCACACAGACACACUCGCUCAUCCUGCAAAACCUCAAACCACGACAGCGAGGCAAGAAGGAAACCAAGGAGGACUAUCUUAAAAGCACACGUGGCUGUCUGGAGGAGGGUCUGGAGGCGCUGCUAAAGGCCACUGGCAGCAACCUGCUGAUACUGAAGAUUUCACACUGCCCCAACCUGCUGACUGAUCGCUCCCUCUGGCUGGCAAGCUGCUACUGCCGAGCUCUGCAGGCUGUGACAUACAGAAGUGCCACAGACCCAGUUGGUCAGGAGGUGAUCUGGGCUCUUGGAGCAGGUUGUAGAGACAUCAUCUCCCUACAGGUGGCGCCACUACAUCCAUGCCAACAACCUGCCCGCUUCAGUAACCGAUGUCUGCAGACGAUUGGAAGAUGUUGGCCACACCUCCGUGCUCUCGGGGUGGGAGGGGCUGGAUGUGGCAUUCAGGGUUUGGCCUCACUGGCGAGGAACUGCAUGCGCCUGCAGGUGCUGGAGUUGGACCAUGUGAGUGAAAUCAACCAGGAGGUGGCAGCAGAGGUGUGCAGAGAAGGUCUGAAAGGUCUGGAGAUGCUGGUGCUGACAUCCACACCGGUCACUCCCAAAGCCCUGCUCCACUUCAACAGUGUUUGCCGUAACCUGAAGUCCAUCGUGGUUCAGAUUGGUAUAGAAGACUACUUUGAGGACCCCAACAGUCCUGAAGCCAGAAAACUGUUUGAUGAGAUGGUUAACAAGCUGCAGGCUCUGAAGAAGAGACCCGGUUUCUCCAAAAUCCUGCACGUGAAAGCAGACAGCCUCUGCUAACACCUUUUGUGCAGACUCUUCAAAUCUUGCCGUGCGGUGCCAUCUUGGCUCCACUCAUUCAAAAAGAUCCAGCUGUUUUUCAGCCCAACCUAUGGAGCUGCAUGCUUCUGCAGCACCAACAGAAACAACAGAGGCUCACCACGAUGAACUAGGACCAAGACUCAAUGUGCAUAUACUCCACAGGUUCACAUGCAAAACAGAAAAAUCACAUUUACUGUUCCAAUGUGGGAAUCAUGAAUGAAAACAAGUCAGGAGGCGUACGUGGUCUAAUAAUCGCACUAAAACGUGACCCGUUUUAAACUUCACACACUCAGAUAGCCCAAAAAUGAUAAGACCCCAGUUUCUCAGUCCUGUUUUGCUUUCACCGUAAAAGUGAGCUCAAGAAGCAGCAGCGCUGUAUUUACCCCGUCUGCGUCUGCAUAACGCUUGGUGUUAAAAACCUGAGGCCAGCUUCAGCUUGUGGGCAGGAGCACAUCGUACAGCAGCAAACACACUUACCACAGUGAAUUAUGUCCGACAGUCAGUGGCUGGUUUAAGAAAAGCAAGAAACAGGAGCUUUACGUUUGUUUGUUUGUGUGCGUGCGUGAACGAGUGAAUGCGUAGGUAGGCGAGCUGAGAACUGACGCUUUCACACGGCGUGUCCUGCACAACUGUAUAUCGAAAACUUGACAAUGGACGACGUGUAACACUUCCUGCUUCCACCCUGAACAGAAACAUGCUGCGGCAGCUCCAGGCACAGCAGAGGACGGCCGAGCUUAAGAAAAAACAAAAAACAAAAACACAGACCCUGACAGUCUAUUAGCCGCUGUCAGGCAAUGAUGCAUUUUGCCGCCUCUUACCAUCCGCUGCUUCCUUCCAGCAUUUUGUCACAAACCUGGACUCAUCUUUGUAGAUUCAGUGUCUGAUUUUGCUCUUCACUAAGCCUGGGACGUCGGUCCACCGCGCAUCUCUCCCAAAACCCAGUGCCAUUUGGAUCAGUGUCUGUCCUCAUGUCUGUGAGCGUCUUCUCCAAUGUGCCAUAAACAAGGGAAGAGGGGCCGUGUAGGGCAGACGUGAGUCGUGCUCCAUGUGGACUGGGCUCUCCAGGUGCAGAACCAUAGUGGUAGUGUUUAUAUAUCAUGGAGGUUUCAUACUUUCUCAAACUUAACAGUGCCAUUUCUAGUCACAUGGCUUGAUACGUCUGAGCUCUUGUACAAUCCUUAUUUUUAUUUAUCAGCAGACGUCCUCUGGCUCCCUCUGCUGGUGUUGUUACGCAGCUCUCAGCCAGUGCAGCAUAUGAUGUGUCGACACUGCCUGCUGCGUCGAUCGAGUCUUCACUGUCACCUUCAAAUUAGCACAAUUCUGGGAUAUAAUUAAGUGUACAAUGCGGAAACUUUGAAGAUGUAUGAGUAGCAAUACUAAUCAGUGUGUGACACUGAGUGUACACUCCUUUAUCUGUGAUCAUUCACCGGGGUGUUCCAACAGUUUAAAGGUGAUAGAAUGUCAAAUAUUGACAUUUUUCGGUGACCUUCGGUGUAGUUCCCAAUUCAAAACAUUUCAGGAGCGUGGUCAACGAGUUUUUGGAAAGAUGGAAAUAAGAUGCUGCGCUUGUACCUCGCGUUCAUGACUGUGUUUGUGCACAUUGACUGAAACACACAUACGUGUCCCACUGUCGUUUAUUUUAGAAACAUUUAACCACUUUGGUUAAUUUUAGCGUGUCAGCAACAGGUGGCGAUUGAAAGUGAAGGUCUAAGUGGAAAAUCUCCACUGCAGACCCUCGUUUUUCUUCUUCUUCUCUGGUCAAGACGUUUUUGAGAGGGGAAGUGAGGCUUUUUCUGGGUUUGGUAGAGUUCAACAUCUGCGGAUAUGCCCUAUGUUGAAGUGCUAUGAGUAAGGUGAUGGUGGGUGGAGCUACAGACCAAACCAAAACAGUUAGCGGUCUACAAUUGAAAAGUUAUUUUGGGGAACAUACUGGCUGCAUCAUUUGUUUAUCAGUGAAGCCAGUAUUUCAAGUGAGCAUGUUUCCACCUGUCAUUCUCUGAUGACACGUCGUCCGUCUUUCUAAAUACCAAAAUCAACUUACAAGUGGUCAAUCCCUCUCGGUGUGUCACCUGUGGCUCUGCGGGAGAUUUUGUCAAGGAUGAUGUCAUCGGGGUCAUCUCGAGAUUGGCGCUAAACGCACUCAAUCCACGUGUGUUUGAAAGAUGUAGGCGUUUACGUGGCGGGGAAGGUCGGAUAAAAGAAAAGGGUUUUCGCUCAGUGUGGACUAAAAGUAAGGAUUUCCUGUUUUCCUGCUUCUUCUCUGGAGAGUCCCCGUAUGAAAGUGCAAUACUAAAGUACUCCUUUUAAAAAGAGCUAUCCUGAUUCUCAGAAAUCACGCACACCGUUUGGAAACAUUGAUGAGGACAAUAUCUGUCACCGUGUGCGCCUUGUUUGUUUAUUUAACCUAAAGUAACAUUCAUGCAGUGUUUCUGUGAACACUGAGCAGGACAUUGUAAAUGUGGCUUCACUGAUGAUUUUUUUGGUCGGGCGUAUUGUCGUCAUGAUGUUUGAGGUUAUUGCACGAGAACAUGUCGUCAUGUUCUUCCCAGUACUGCAUAUUAUAUUAUCCUACAGUGGUUGUGAUUAUCUGCUCUGGGUCCGUCGGGAAAAAGGGGAAAAAGGUUUGUGGGGGAAAAAGGUUUCACAGCAGAGAUGAGACAAAAAAAAAAAAAAAAGCACUUGUUGAUUUUAAGUUUUAGACAAUCCUGCCUUCGCGAUCAGCUAUUCUGUAUAUAAUGUUUGUAAAACAAAAAGAGAGGAAGACAAACAGGAAACAGGAAAAAAGGACCAACAUUUGAUGUUCUAUAAUAUUAAGGUCAUACAUAUGAGUGGAAACAGUUGAAGUUUACAGGUCAUUAUUCUGUAAGCGUCGUUUUCUCCAAAGUUGAAUGAAGGAAACAUAGAGAAUUAUAUUAUGUAUCACAGUUAGUGUUGACAAUUGAAGUUGUGUAUUAGAUACUUUAUAUUCAAUGUGCAUCAGAGUCAUAUAGAGAUGGAAAUUAUUUAAGAAGAGGAUAAAGAUGAUUAUUCAGCUAUUUAUUUCUAUAUAAAAAAAGAGAGCGAUGUGUAUAAUGUUAGCAUGUUUGUGUUCAAGCAUCAAUCAUUAAGUUGCCUUCUUAACUGUUCUGCUACUGUGGCAAAGCAAAUUAUUAGAUGUUUAAAGAGCUUUGAUUGCCUGCAGGUUAAUAACGUUUCACUUUAUUUGAUUCAGUCUGUUGUUGCACUAGUGAGAUAAAAAAAAAAAGAAAAGAUAUCAGAUAUUUAUUAUAAGAGUGUUGUUUUCAAUGUUUAGCUAUUUCUCUGUAUUUGACAAAAUAUGAUGCACUUUUUUUCCUGAACACUUUUAUUGGCCUGUUGGUCAGAAACAGAAGCGUUUUUUUGUUUUUUUGUUCUGUGAGUGGAACGUCUGGUGCCAUCUACUGGUGAAGUGCGAAAGACUUAACUGUUGGUUUACAUGUCUGGGUUUUUUUUGCAGGAGGACGAUUUCCCCCAAACAUGGCGAUGAUAUAUGAACCUGGUUUUGUGGAGAGACGUGUGUCGUUGUUUGGGAAGUUACAAAGAGUGAUUUAGGUACAUGCAAGUGCUUUUUUUUUUACGUUCAUAGCCAAUAUGACCUUAUUUUCACCCUCGUAUGAGUUAUUUAUUUCACGCUCAUACCAACAGUUCAGCCAGAAGAAUGUGUUUUCUCUUGAAUUUCCAUUCUCUUCACGUGUCCACUUGAUUUCUGAUUAAUUUAUUCAUUCAGCCUGAAGCACCGCCCACAAAGGGAGGCGCUUCCUUAUUCACGUGUAUAUUUAAUUUCUUAAACUAAGACUUAGUCCUUUGUUGCAGUGACGCCAAGUCAUCCAGAUAUUGUCUGUGUGUCCAUGUUCCUCUCUGUAAAUAUUUUAUGUAUGAAUGAUUGUAUUCAUGCCCGUUCAUUUGAAUAGUAUUUUACACAUUACCUCAACACUUAUCUGGGCAAUUAAGUGUGCAGUUUGUCUUUGUAGUAUUAUUAUUUUUGAGUUAUUAUUAUUUCUGACUACCAUCACUCGGUAUGCCAAUCGAUCAAUGAACGUCAUACUUGUCGCUAUGGCGACAAAAUGGAUUUUGUUGCUGUAAAAAAACGUUCCCAAAAAGCUGAUCCUCCUAACAGUGACUGCAAUAGAUGGAAAUGUUUUGCUACUCAUUUUCACUCGUUUGUUGUCAUCAAUAAAAAUUGCUUUAAAUUGUA